AUGCCUCAUUCAGCUGUAGUAAGAUCGGAUAGGGACACUACGAAAGUCAGAUUGGUUUUCGAUGCAUCGUCAAAAGGUAAUGGGUGCAAAUCUCGUAAUGAAUGCUUGAAUCCUGGGCCACCUUUGAAUCCCAGUAUUUUGGAUGUAAUCUUGCGAUUUCGCGAAUAUGAAUAUGCAUUCAGCUGUGAUAUUCAGGGAGCAUUUUUGACCAUAGGAAUAGCGGAAAAGGAUAGAGACUAUUUACGUUUUUUCUGGUUUCCAGAUGAAAGUGAUUCAAAAACUUACAAAAUUUUACGAAUGACUCGCGUUCCCUUUGGAGUGACAUCAAGCCCAUUUAUCCUUGCUGCGACUAUUAAAUACCACAUUAGAAAAUAUAAACUUGAACAAAGCGAAACUUGUGAAAUGCUUGACUCGGCACUUUAUGUAGAUGAUCUUUUUUACGGAGCAAAUACAAUAGAGAAAACUUUAGAACUUUCACAGAGCGCUUUGAGAAAUUUAUGGAGUGAACGAGGUUUGUCUGAUGUGACAGAAACUAAAGAACGUCCUUUGAAGGUUUUAGGCAUAAUAUGGAACACCGAAGAAGAUACUUUUAAGUUAGAUGUAAAACCUCUACUGGACAUGAUCUGUGAUAGGAAGAAUUCAAAACGUAGUGUACUUCAGACAGCUUCGAAGUUAUUUGAUCUUAUGGGAAUUGCAUCACCUUUUAUUGUUCUCAUAAAAUUAUUAAUGCAAGAAAUAUGGGAACUUGAUUUAGGAUGGGAUGAUGAGCUAUCAACUGACUUGAAGAAAAAAUGGGAUAAUUGGUGCUGUCAGAUUUAUCUGUUGAAAGAUUUGACAAUCGAAAGAAAAUAUUUCUCCAUACCAUGGAAGUUGGUGAAAGAAUUAGAACUACUACACAUAUUUUCUGACGCUUCUCCUAAAGCUUUCGGAGCAGUUGCGUACUUCCGUUACGUGUCAAGUGAUGAUUGUAUUUAUACAAGUUUUAUCACUGCGAAAUCUAGAAUCGCACCGCUUAAAAGGUUGACAUUACGGAGGCUUGAACUUAUGGGAGCUGUUAUUUCUUCUAGACUUUUCCAACAUUUGAAAGCAAAUUUUAAAUUUCCUGUGCCUAGGGUAUAUAUGUGGACAGAUUCCUUAAUCGCUCUUCAUUGGAUUAAAGGGAAAGCUUCAAAAUGGAAACCUUUUGUAUCGAACCGUGUAUCCGAAACCCAGUCUAGAACUGAUCCUGCUGAUUGGAAUCACUGUAGUGGGUAG